CUCAAGCAUGGAAGCCUUCGCGUCCAUUCUGCACCUCCUCGUUGGCUUCCUCCUCCUCGGUAUCCUCAUCGACAUCGGCGGAGAGGUUGUCUGUAUCGUACGCGCUACGCUGAUCGUCAUCUUGACGUACUUGGCCUCCUUCACCUUCGCCGACGUCCUGUGUCUCCUCUCCAUUGUCGAUCCUCAAGUCUUCGCGGUUGGUUCCGCGACACUCCCUCCGAUGGUAAUCGAAGACAUUUCCACAGUCGCCGUCUACGAAGGUCCUCCCCGUUUCUCAGACCGCUCUCAUUCUAGGCGCUGAUCAACUUCCUCACCGUCACAUCCCUCGUCAGCACCGUCGCAGGUGCUCGUAACGACAGCGGGCCGGAGACCAAGGUCAUUGCUCCUGCCUUCAACCCGGUCGUGGUGGUUCAGUACCGCAUGACAACCUUCAUGGCUCCGCUCUUCAUGGCUCCGUCACUCUACCUUGCGCGUGAUCUCUCCCUCGAACUCACCCAAGAGCAGCACCUAGCCCUCGUCUCCAUCUCGAAGUUCAGCCGCACACUCGGCGAGGGACAUCUCAAGCUUGCUC